AUGGCUUCUCGGACUAUAUCCUUGGUUACAUUUCGUAACAGUGCCUACCAACGAGCACAUUUUGGCAUCUUCAUUCCCUCGGUUACCGACCAGGAUGUUGGAACACUUAUCCAUGUCGUCGGCGCACCCAUGGCUGGCUACCAGCUUGAAUUUAAAAGAAACUAUUCUCUGAAAGACACGCAACAACAGUAUACUAGAUAUGAUAUUGGGCAGUUAGAUUCUCAGUACAUUGAGGAUUCCGCAGGUGGUGCAUUAAUUAGAGAUUCUGUGCCAAAGGGCGCGGUGGAGGUUGCGGCUAGUCAAAUCCCCCCACCGGGAAUCAGCCAAAACUUCCUAGCCCCCGUUAACGACGUAGGUAAAUCCGGGAGAUUUGCCGGAAGUAUAAAUACAAGGCUUGCUAACCAGGCUUAUGUUCAGACUACCAAUAAAAGGUGCCAGGAAUGGACGAUGGAAUAUACCCGUCAUCUCGUGCAUCUUGGGUAUCUCGAUGCAGAGGCCAUCCAACUCGUACAGUCCAAGCGUGAUCCCGCAACACAUGGUAUUGGCUUGCAACCACUUGGAAGGGGUUAG